AGCGGCAGUAGCCGGUUAUGACGACUCUCUCCUCCCGAGCAGCCGCCGUGUCCUCCUGCUCGCUAGCCCCGGCUCCCCCGGCUGCAGGCCUGCGGAAGCCCAAUUAAGGGAAACAGGAGUGGAGUGAGCCCAGCUGCUUUGUGCUGAAGGAUAAGGUAGCAGAGCCACUGAAGCGUCCAUCUGCUGGAGAAGUGCGUCCACCCAUCCUUGCGGGGCCUUGCAAGAGGGCUUAGCAGCAGAAAGGCUUUCUGCCAGGCCCUGGGGUUGUACUUUCAUGCACCAGCAGCCACUCCCAUCUAGCUUAUGCAAGUGGGUACGUGCCCGGUGCAAUUCCCAUUGCCUAAGCGUUACUUCUUCUCCAUGGAUCGGUUUUAGAUACCUGAAACUUCAACAGCUUCUGGGUGGUUCUGAGGAUUAAAGAGGUUUGGAGAUUGCUAUGUUAAUGCUGCUUGUCUUCGGAGUAUUACUUCAUGACGCCCCACUGAGUGGCCAAGAUGAGGCUCUUUCUGAGAAUGACGGCAUUCCAGGCGAACCUCUGUACAACUAUGCCAGCCUCCGCUUGCCAGAGGAGCACAUUCCCUACUUUUUGUACAACAAUAGGCAUAUUGCCACCGUCUGUAAGAAAGACUCACAUUGUCCAUAUAAGAAACACUUAGAAAAUCUCAAGUACUGCUGGGGUUAUGAGAAAUCUUGCAAACCAAAGUUCAGGUUUGGUUACCCUGUUUGCACCUACGUUGACAUGGGUUGGACGGACACUCUUGAGUCAGCUGAGGACAUAUUCUGGAAACAAGCUGACUUCGGAUACGCCCAAGAGCGGCUAGAGGAGAUACAUGUGCUCUGCCAGCCUAAGGAGACGAGUGACUCAAGUCUGGUAUGUUCCCGUUAUCUUCAGUAUUGCCGAGCAACCAAUCUCUACCUUGAUUUAAGAAACAUCAAGAGAAAUCAUGACAGAUUUAAGGAAGAUUUUUUCCAGAGUGGGGAAAUUGGAGGACACUGUAAACUUGAUAUUCGUACGUUGAUGUCUGAAGGUCAGCGCAAAAGUCCUCUGCAGUCUUGGUUUGCUGAGCUACAAAGCUAUACGCAGCUCAACUUCAGACCAAUAGAAGAUGCUAAAUGUGACAUUGUUAUUGAAAAACCAACGUAUUUUAUGAAAUUAGAUGCAGGUGUUAACAUGUAUCACCACUUCUGUGAUUUUAUCAAUCUGUAUAUUACUCAGCACGUUAAUAAUUCAUUCAGUACAGAUGUGUACAUCGUGAUGUGGGACACUAGCUCUUACGGAUAUGGUGACCUAUUCUCUGACACAUGGAAAGCAUUUACUGAUUAUGACAUUAUUCAUCUGAAAACUUAUGAUUCCAAAAGGGUAUGUUUUAAAGAAGCUAUUUUUUCAUUACUCCCCCGCAUGAGAUAUGGGCUGUUCUAUAAUACCCCUCUGAUAUCUGGCUGUCAAAAUACUGGAUUAUUCAGGGCAUUUUCCCAGCAUGUACUACACAGACUAAACAUCACCCAAGAGGGACCCAAGGAUGGAAAAAUCCGAGUCACCAUUCUAGCACGGAGCACAGAAUACCGGAAAAUACUAAACCAAAAUGAGCUCGUAAAUGCACUGAAAACAGUAUCUACAUUUGAAGUCCAGAUUGUCGAUUACAAGUAUAAACCCAGAAGGGACAGGUGGACACCAUCAGUUAAUCUAAUGGGCAGAGAACUUGGGUUUUUAGAUCAACUAAGGAUCACACACAACACUGACAUAUUUAUUGGAAUGCAUGGAGCUGGUCUUACUCAUUUACUUUUCCUUCCAGACUGGGCUGCUGUAUUUGAACUGUACAACUGUGAAGAUGAACGCUGUUACCUGGACUUGGCCAGGCUCAGAGGUGUCCACUACAUCACCUGGCGAAGGCAGAACAAAGUCUUUCCUCAAGAUAAGGGCCACCACCCAACUCUGGGGGAGCAUCCGAAGUUUACCAAUUACUCUUUCGAUGUGGAAGAAUUUAUGUACCUUGUCCUUCAGGCUGCAGACCACAUCUUGCAACACCCGAAGUGGCCAUUUAAGAAGAUGCGUGAUGAGCUAUAAAUGUGUUGAGUCUGUUUGCAAUAAGAGUGUUCAAACACUCCAACACCCAGACUCACAAUUAAAUCAUAAAACAACCUACUAUUUUCUAGCCUCAAAUUACCUUUUUUAUACAUUUAGGAUAUCAUUAUGUGUUUUA